AUGCGUAUCACAGCCCUUGUCUUCGCCGCCGCUCUCUCCCUGGUGUCGGCCAAAAAGAUCAACAUGCACUGCGAGUUCGCGGCCGAUGACACCGGCAUGGUCCAAUCACCCUACUGCUGCCGUGACUUGGGGCCUGCCCGUGGAAACUCCAAGGCCAAUGAAGCGAUGGAUUGUGAUGCCCUUGACCUACCUCAGAUGUGUGAGGAUCAGUCACGACCAGCCUGCUGUUACCCCAUUGGUCCCAAGAAGAUCUGUACCUCGCACGUUAUCUUCAUGGACGCGGCGGAUAUUUGA